UUUUCUGUGUGGGGUCAAAAGACAUGAACACAAGAGUGUAUGGGGCACAACAUUUUACGAAAUCUGAUCGUCUAUUCCAUCGGAGGACAUAAUGACGAAAUAGUUGGAGCUUACUUUGAGAAAGAUUCUCUCGAUUUAUAUACGAUAAGUGCUAAUGGUAGAUUGAACAUAUGGGAAUGUGAUACUGACUUAUCAGGACUGAAACCUUAUGAGGCACCAAAGGGAAACCUGCCUAAAAUUGAGGUCAACUCAGAUGAUGAAGAUGAGGGGCCAUAUGGGGAACCUAAAAAUAAAAGUAAAGAAGUGAAAUUGAGCAAAGAGGAAGAAAUGAAGCAAGUUGAUAAAGUGAUUUAUAAGAAAACCGCCAGGCAUUCCUACAAAGAGGCACGAGGGGACAAGGCAUCUCGAGGAACUGUUACUAGCUCAGCUUAUCAUAAAUCAACACAUAUACUGGUGACCGGUUUUGAUGAUGGUGUCUUCUUCCUUCAUGAAAUGCCAGAUUUUAACCUCAUACAUUCACUAAGCAUUUCAGACAAGACUAUCGCAACAGUAGAUUUCAACAAGAUAGGUGACUGGAUAGCAUUUGGAUGUUCGGGCCUCGGUCAACUUCUCGUGUGGGAAUGGCAGAGUGAGACAUACGUGUUGAAGCAGCAAGGGCAUUAUAAUAACAUGAAUUGUGUUGUGUACUCACCAGACGGACAGAACCUGGCUACAGGAGGGGAUGAUGGGAAGGUGAAGGUAUGGAACACUAGUAGUGGGUUCUGUUUUGUGACAUUUACAGAACAUCUCGGAGGUAUAACAGGCGUGGUGUUCAAUCAGAACGGACAGGUGGUGCUAUCCUCAUCACUAGACGGCACUGUGCGGGCAUUUGAUCUGAACAGGUACCGAAAUUUCCGCACAUUCACGUCGCCCCGCCCAGCACAAUUUUCGUGUCUUACAAUUGACCCUAGUGGAGAUCUAGUGUGUGCCGGGGCUCAGGACACAUUUGAAAUAUUUGUAUGGUCAAUGCAGACUGGACGGCUUCUAGAGGUGUUAGCUGGUCAUGAAGGGCCGGUAAGCAGUCUCAGUUUCAGCCCAACAGAGACAUUGCUGGCGUCCGGCUCUUGGGAUAAGUCAGUCAAGUUAUGGGAUAUAUUUGAUAACAAAGGUGCUAAAGAGACAUUGGAGGUUUCCUCAGACGUAUUAGCAGUGGCAUUUCGUCCCGAUGGAGGAGAGCUUGCUGUAUCUACGUUGAAUGCCCAGAUCACCUUCUGGGAGCCCCAUCAGGCUAAACAGGUGGGGUCCAUUGAGGGGAGACAUGAUGUAGGAUACUCAAGAAAGGAACAAGAGAAGAUAACUGCUAAAAAAUCCGCAUUUGGAAAGGCAUUUAAUACUAUAUGUUACUCUGCUGAUGGGAAAUGUAUAUUAGCUGCUGGUAGGUCAAAGAAUGUGUGUAUAUACUCAGUAGAGGACCAGUUGAUCAUCAAGAAAUUUGAAAUCACCUGCAACAUGUCGUUUGAUGGAAUGGAGGAGUUUUUGGACAAGAGAAAGAUGACAGAGUUUGGUAGUCUCUCCCUGGUAGAUUCUGAAGAGGGCAAAGAUUUAAGUUUACCUGGUGUGAAGAAAGGUGACAUGUCGUCAAGACACUGGAAACCUGAAGUUCGAGUUUCUUCUGUCAGAUUUUCUCCAACAGGAAGGGCCUGGGCUGCUACUACAACAGAAGGACUUCUCAUGUACUCAUUAGACAGUAAUCUUGUGUUUGAUCCAUUCGACCUUGACAUUGAUAUUACUCCCUCCAAUGUGAAGAAGACACUGGCAAAGGGAGAGCACUCUACUGCACUGAUGCUGAGUUUUCGUUUAAAUGAGCACAGUCUGAUACAGGAAGUGCUGGAAAAUAUACCAGUCUCUGAUGUUGAAGUGAUUGUGGAUAAUCUACCAGAUGUUUAUGUCGAUAAGUUGAUGUCGUUUGUGGCGGGUAUGAUAGAAUCAACAGCACACAUAGAAUUCUACCUGAUAUGGGCGAGUAGGCUUCUCAUGCAGCAUGGACCGAGGUUAAAACAAAGGUCACAACAAGUCAUGGCCACGCUGAGGUCAAUGCAGAAAAAUGUUACACGUAAAUCUGAGGAGUUGGGGAAAAUAUGUGAUCACAAUAAAUAUAGUAUCCAGUAUAUAAUUGCAUUGUCCAAGGCCAAGAGAAAAUUUGUGGAGGCAUCAGAUAGUGUUGAAGCAGGGAAUGGAGGAGUGGAACCAGCCAGUGAUGAUGAUGACGAAAACAGGGAACCAGGCACAGAUGAUAAUAUAAUGGAGGGUGAAUCUGAAAAUGAACUCGAGUCAGAUGAUGAACUUGAAAAUAUAGUGAAAGAGAAUAAUGGUGAAAUAUUGACAGACUCUGAUGAAGAAUCUGGAAGUUCUAGUUCCUCAAUGGAUGCUACAUGAGGAAAGUUCUUGUAACAAUGGUAGUUUGAACAUGGAUGUUUCGAUGUGUAUUCUUCUAUAUUUCAUGGAUAUAUGAAUAUCACGAUAAUAUGUUAAAGACUUAAAGAGACUGGUUAAGCUAUAUUUGAAGAAAUUAAAGGAUUUGUUAUAUGAAUAGUGUUGUAACACAAUCAAACUAAAAUAAAUUUUGUAUAAACUAAUAUAAUAAAGCAUAUGAAUCUGAAUGAUAACUUUAAUAAGAAACAAGCUUAGGAAUGAAAGAUAAUCAAGUCCUUUGAUUACAAGGUGCAUCACUUUUGAUAGAGGUUAUAUCACUAGGUGUAAAGUAUCCAAAUAUCUGUAGAUCCAAACUGGGAUCAGAAUGACUUGGAGUGUUAUAUUCAGGAAGUAUAACAAUAUAAACAUGUUUGAAUAAAUACAAAUGAAUGAUGUUAAAAUGUACAUCGACUAGAUUAAUGAAAACUAAAAAAAAAGCAAGGUCUUAUUAUAUUUUAUAAGAUAUCCUUUUUGUGUUUGUGGUUAAAAUUGCUGACUUUGAAUCACUUGCCCCUCAAUGCUUUAGUUUGAAACUUGUUGAAACUGGAUCCAUUGAUUACAGAAUUUUUUCAUUUGAGGGAGCUAUCCAGCUAGCUUGUAUGUCAGUAGGUCAGUAAUUCUACUCAGGUGCCUGCUACUGCCUGAAAAAAGUAUUUAAGGACCACCUAAAGUCUUAAACCAUCAGUAAAGCUGGAAGGUUGCUGUAAAUGUGUGAUGUAAAAACAAACAAAUCAGUUCAGAAUCUACGGCCGCUUGUUACAUAUUCUAGCCUGAUUACUUCAUAUAACUUAUAUUGAAUAAUGUCUGUCAAAUGCAUGUUCAAAAUGCAUGAAGUUAAUGAAUUAGUGCCAUCUACUGAUUUACUUAAAUAAUUAAAUUUUUAUUGUAUAUACCCCAAAGAAAACUGUUGGCAUGAAGGUCCUUUAUUUAUGACUCUUGCAGAAAUUGCAAAAUAAAAUAUAAAAUCAUAAAAAUGUAUAAUAUAAAAUGGUAUCAAUUUAAGUAGAUUUUACAAGGUUUCAAUUUAUCUUAAAUAUGGUAUAAAAUUACAGCCAAUAAUUUGU